AUGAAUCGUGAUGGUGUUUCCAAGAAAAAAUUGGAUGAAUUGGACUGUUCCUUUAUGUACACACAAAUUCUUAAAGAAAUAUUACUUACAAUUCACUUUGAACAACAACAUAUCCAAGAAUUCACAGAUUAUUGUCAUAAAUUGUAUAUCGAAAAUGAUCAUGAGUUGGCUAGUAUUCGAAAAUUGGAACAAGAAUAUCAUAGUGAAACACCUAUUUGGUGGUAUAGUUCUCCAUCCUUCUUAUAUUCCAUGCUCAAUCAUGCCUUACGAGUGAUGGAUGUGGAAAUCAUUGUUAAGAUGGGUUUCUUCAUCCAUGAUCUUCACCAACACAUUGAACAAUUACAUAUAGAACAAUUUGAUGGUCAUCAAACCAGACAAAUAUUCACCAUUUAUCGUGGUCAAGGUUUGUCCAAGACAGAUUUUGAUCAAAUAGUAAAAACAAAAGGUGGACUAAUGCGCUUUAAUAAUUUUUUAUCUACUAGUAAAGAUCGACAUGUUUCUCUUAUGUUCGCUGAAAGUAACCAAAGCAAUCCCGAUUUGGUAGGGAUUCUGUUCGUUAUGAGAAUAGAUCCUGCUACAUCAUCAAGUCCUUUCGCUUCCAUUAACAACGUCAGUUACUUUCAAGACCAAGAAGAUGAAGUUCUUUUCUCUAUGCACACGGUAUUUCGCAUCCAUGAAAUCAAACAAACGGAUGAAAAUAAUCGUCUCUGGCAAGUAGACUUAACAUUGACCAGUGACAACGACCAAGAACUUCGGACACUCACUGAACGUAUGCAUGAAGAGACUUAUCCAAACUCAAAAGAAUGGUAUCGAUUAGGUAUGGUGCUACUAAAAAUGGGUCUAUCGGAAAAGGCUCAACAAAUCUACGAAGGGUGUGGGUGUGUGGGUGUGGGUGUGGGUGUGGGGUGUGGGUGUGGGUGUGGGUGUGGGUGUGGAUGUGU